AGGUGGAGAGCCACGACCUGCCCUUCAUCGACGUGGCGCCGCUCCCACUCCGGCUUCAAGUACACGCACUUCGACAUCGCCGCCGGCCUCGCCACCACCGCGUCCGGGCCGGGCGGCGCUGAGGUGCUGCCGGCCAUGCGCACCUCCAGAGGCGAAGGCGCGACACGGGCUCGGCCGGGCGCACUCUGUGUCAUUAUUACCGGCGAGUGAUGACGGACUAGACGGGCUCGCGGGCUCCUCCUCGCUCUCGAACCUCGCCGAGCUGCAGUACUCGCCGUCGAUGCGGCCGAUCCAGCGCCGGUCGGGAGAGGCGAGGCUCGUCGGAGACCCGUCGCCGCGCAGGCCGAGCGAGGCGGUCGGCGAGAGCGGCGAGCCAAUCAGCCGCGGCGGCGGAGGCGGAGGUGGAGGUGGCGGCGGAGGAGGCGGCGGCGGCGGAGGAGGGGGAGGGGGAGGGGGAGGGGGAGGAGGCGCCGAGGGGUGGGGCAGCCGUGGGGCGGACGGGGCGUGCGGCGGCGACGAGGCCAAGUGGCAGCGCACGGCCUGCAGCUGGAGCAGCGCGAGGGGGUCUGCGCCGAGGUGAGGCGCCGCCCUCGGGGGGGAGGCGGAGACGCGCGGCCUCUCCCUCCCCGAGGUUGGCACUCGCCGGCGCGCCUCGCGUGGGCUCUUGCACUCUCUGCAUGGGUGCGUUAACUCUCUCGCCGGCGCGCUCACGCUCUCCGACGUCGUUCUGUUGAGAAGAGAGUAUUGGGGCAGGUACUGUCGUGCAUGUGUUUGGUUCUCGUGCACGUAUACGGUAUUGUCGGAGCCGAAUUCGCUUGCGUCCGCAAA